UUCUGCGAGUCCAUCGAGUAAUUGAGUCAUCAGCGCAUUUACAUAACCAAUUGAAGAGCUUCUUACCUUCACGAGUUCUAAGAUUAACGCAACAAUGUCGGUGAUUCCGAGCUGGUUCGGCGGGCGAAGGAGCAAUGUCUUCGACCCCUUCUCCCUCGACGUGUGGGAUCCGUUCAAGGACUUCCCUUUCCCGAGCUCCACCUCCCUCUCGGCUAAUUUCGGGGAGAACUCGGCGUUCGUGAACACGAGGAUCGACUGGAAGGAGACCCCGGAGGCGCACGUGUUCAAGGCGGACCUGCCGGGGCUGAAGAAGGAGGAGGUGAAGGUGGAGGUCGAGGAUGAUCGGGUUCUCCAGAUCAGCGGUGAGAGGAACGUCGAGAAGGAGGACAAGAACGAUACUUGGCACCGUGUGGAGCGGAGCUCCGGCAAGUUCUUGAGGAGGUUCAGACUCCCCGAGAAUGCAAGGAUGGAUCAGGUCAAGGCCUCCAUGGAGAAUGGGGUGCUCACCGUCACCGUCCCGAAGGUGGAAGAGAAGAAGCCAGAGGUUAAGGCCAUUGAUAUCUCCGGUUGAGGUUUCAAUAUUUGGGGUUCUGAGCAAGGAAGUGCAUCUUUUGUUGCGAGUCAUCUAGUUUUGAUCUGAGUCGUGAUUUGUGAUUAUAUAUAUGUUGAUGAUUAUGUGUGUAAUUUCUGGUACCUUGGUGUCAUGCAUGUCACAAUGCAAAUAAGGUUUAAGUGCAAAUCAUUAUGUUGUAAGUACCUUGGAUGUUUCGUUGACAUUAUCUGCGCGGCUUUUAGCGUACUCUUUCACUAGAUUGUCCAAAUUUUGCCCAUUCCAAGAAAUAAAGCAGAAGUAAUGGUCA